AUGGAUUCUUUUACUGGCGGCACAGACAGCAGCUCGCUGAGCAGCAUCGGCUCGGGUCUGCGCAAGAUGGACCGCAUCAGCGCUGACGGCGGCUCUGCGGCCUCGCGCCAGAAGAGCUGCAAUGCCUGCGUCCGCGGCAAGAGACGCUGCGAUAAGCGCACGCCGCGAUGCACUCGAUGUGCGGCCAAAGGACUCGAUUGCGUCUAUCAGCGUCAACCACAGCAGCAACAGCAACAACAACAGCAACCACAGCAACAGCACCAGCAGCCACUCCAGCAUCAGCAACAGUCUCCAGCCGGGGCCUCCACCGCCACAACGAUCCCCUCGUGUGCUUCAGUAUCAACCGUUGAGGGCAGCUGCACCACACCAGAGAUGCCUCCCGAAUUCGACAUGAGCUUUGAUAUCGAGAGCCUCAGCACCACAACCGGCACCAACACCAGCCCGGAGAGCCUCCAGCAGGAUGCCAGCAUGGGGCUUGGCUGCGAUCCCCACUCACAUCACACUCACGCAGACCUGGGCUUCUCCAUUGUCGACUUGAUGAAUGGGACCGGCACAGGUGACGGUGGUCUGUGGGAUCUGAGCGGCUUUGGAGACAGUGGCAAGAUGGACCUGCCUCCCGUUCCCAUCGCGCCGUCACUACAGACAGAACAGCCGCAAUCGUCACAUUCGCAGCACUUACAACCACCACAGCCUAUCCGUGAUCUUUCUAUCCUCCAGAACGAGGAUCAGUGCAUUCCAGCCGAUGUCUGCCAGGUUCACGACCCCCGCAGCAAGAUUGGCUUCAUCGUCAAGACCAUUUCCCACAUGUACAGAGACUUUGCUCAGCGUCGUGAGGCGCCAUUCUUGCACCCUCGCCUCUGGUCCUCACAGCUGCCCAAGACAAUUCUGACGGCGUUUUCCGCUGCCACGGCAUACUCUUCUCAAACCCCACAGACCAAGGGGUGGACGCUAAAGGUGCUGCUGGAUGCCGUACGCGAAGUCCAUCGUGACGGCGAGAGAGCCACGACGCACGCGGAUCGGUUAGCGAGAGUGCAGGCCCUUUUGCUGUUGAACUCGAUGCGCAUCUUUGAUGGUGAUUUGGGCAUGAGGGCCGCGGCGGAGAGAGAGAUGAGCGUGUUCUUGGCGUGGGUGAAGGACUUGAUAGCGGUCAAGAAUGAGCUGGAAGAAGGCUUGCCAGCAUCAGCGCACAUGAUGAGAGACAAGCCACCAAAGAGCUGGGAUAGCUGGAUCAUGGUAGAAUGCACAAGGCGGACCAUCAUGAUUUCCUUUGCCAUAAUGUGUCUCGUCUUCGUCCUCAAGUCAGAAGAAGCCCCUCCAGAGUUCUGGGAAGACGGCCACAGCUUCACGGCCUCGCGGCAUCUCUGGGAGGCCACCUCCUCGGUGGAUUUCUUCCGCGCGUGGCGCGAGAAGCCGCAAUACUGCGUCACGGAUAUGAGCUUCAAAGAGAUUUGGAUGUAUGCUCGGCCGGAUGACAUGGAUGAGUUUACGAGGCUGAUGCUGACAACGUGA